GGAGAGUAGGACGAUAAUCGUCAUGGUGAGGCACGAAACGAGGGCUAGAAAACGGCUGUCAAAGGAUAAGGGAGCAACAGGAGUUAUUGGCUACAGCUAGUUAAGUAGUAGGAAGAUGCUGGAACAGCAAAUCGGACGAUUGUUGACUAAGCAAUUCGUGGACACUACUCGGUAUCAAACAACAGAGUUUCAAAGCCCCAACUGUUCUCAACGGUCGGUGAUCCCAAGACAACAUGACUUGUAACCAGAGGCAUGGCACUUUUCAUCCCUUACCUCUCUCUAACCAGAUUCUUCUCUUUCUCGCCAAAACCUCUAUAUCGAAGUCUUCCCUUCAAUACGUUCUCCGCGACCCCCAUCAAGAAGAAAACAUUCUCUCAUAUUUAUCAAGAAUGCUCAAACCUGAGAUUGUUAGAUGCAGGGAAACAGGCUCAUGCUCAGAUGAUAACAUCUGGGUUCAGUCCCACCGUCUUUGUUACCAACUGUUUGAUCAACAUGUACAUCAGGUGCUCGAAUAUAGAUUAUGCUUCCAAAGUGUUCGAGCGGAUGCCUCAACGCGAUACGGUUUCUUGGAACGCUAUGAUAUCUGGUUAUGCUGGGUGUGGUUCCAUGGAUCUUGCCCAGUCCAUCUUUGACUCCAUGCCCGAAAGAGAUGUAAUCUCUUGGAAUUCUUUAAUUUCAGGCUACUUGCGGAAUGGUAAUUAUCGAGAACCAAUCAUUUUCUUCUUGCAGAUGAUGGGACAAAUGGGCAUGGAACUAGAUCGUACCACCUUCGCCAUUAUUCUCAGUUUGUGUUCAUCCUUGGAGGAUUAUGAUCUCGGGAUUCAGAUUCACUGCCUUGCUGUUAAGAUGGGUUUUGAUUCCGAUGUUGUAGCAGGAAGUGCCCUUGUGGAUAUGUAUGCCAAAUGUAAGAAAUUGACUUACUCGCAUCAGGUUUUUCAAGAAUUGCCUGAACGGAAUGAGGUCUCUUGGAGUACGAUGAUUGCAGGUUAUGUUCAAAAUGACCAGCUCAUUGACGGCUUAGAACUGUUUAAGGAGAUGCAGCGAGCAGGCAUUGAGGUUAGCCAGUCUAUUUAUGCUAGUGCUUUUAGGUUGUGUGCAGGGAUAUCGUCUUUGAGAUUGGGCUCUCAGAUGCAUGGCCAUGCUUUAAAGAAUAAUUUUGGAUCUGAUGUCAUAGUGGGGACGGCUAUUUUGGAUAUGUAUUCAAAAUGCAGUUGCUUGACAGAUGCUAGAAGGAUGUUUAACUCACUUUCACACCAUAAUUUGCAGUCAUGGAAUGCCAUUAUUGUUGGCUAUGCACGGGGUGAUCUAGGUUUUGAAGCAUUGCAACUGUUUCGACUUAUGCAGAGGUCUGGCAUUGGUAUAGAUGAGAUAAGUCUCUCUGGUGCUUUUAGUUCAUGUGCAGUGAUCCAAGGGUUGUUAGAGGGGGUUCAAUUACAUGGUUUAGCAAUUAAGAGUAAUUUUGAGUCUAAUAUCUGUGUAGCAAAUGCAAUUUUGGACAUGUAUGGUAAAUGUGGAGCUCUGGUUGAAGCACGUAGUGUAUAUGAUGAGAUGGAGAGAUUAGAUGCUGUAUCUUGGAAUGCAAUUAUUGCUGCUUAUGAGCAGAACGAGCAUGAAGAAGAUACCCUUUUGCUAUUCAGUCGGAUGCUCCAUUCAGGGAUGGAACCUGAUGAAUUUACCUAUGGCAGUGUAUUAAAGGCAUGUGCUAGUUUAGAAGCUCUGAACUAUGGACUGGAGAUCCAUAACAGAAUUAUCAAGUCUGGGUUGGGUGUAGACUUAUUUGUUGGAAGUGCUCUUGUUGACAUGUACUGCAAAUGUGGUAUGAUGGAAGAAGCAGGCAAGCUCCAUGACAGGAUAGAUAAUCAAAAGAUUGUUUCUUGGAAUGCAAUUAUAUCAGGGUUCUCAUUGCAGAAACAAAGUGAGGAAGCCCAAAAGUUCUUUUGUCAGAUGUUAGAUACAGGGUUACGGCCUGAUAACUUUACCUAUGCUACUGUUCUUGAUACUUGUGCAAAUCUUGCAACUAUUGGACUUGGGAGACAGGUCCAUGCACAAGUUAUCAAGCAGGAAAUGCAAUCAGAUGUAUUCAUCUCCAGCACUCUUGUGGAUAUGUAUUCAAAGUGUGGAAACAUGCAGGACUCCAGACUGAUGUUUGAAAAGAUGCCCAAGAAAGACUUUGUCUCAUGGAAUGCCAUGAUAACAGGAUAUGCACAGCAUGGUCUUGGUGAAGAGGCACUGAAGAUAUUUGAAAGGAUGCAGGUUGAAAAUGUAAAACCAAAUCAUGCAACCUUUGUUGCAGUUCUUCGAGCUUGUGGGCAUGUGGGCCUGGUUGAGGAAGGCCUGCGAUACUUCCAAUCAAUGCUUCAUGAGUAUGGAUUAGAUCCUCAGCUAGAGCAUUAUUCAUGCAUGGUUGAUAUAGUUGGGAAGUCAGGGAAGGUUGAUGAGGCUUUAAAACUCAUCAAUGAGAUGCCAUUUGAAGCUGAUGCUAUUAUAUGGAGAAACCUCCUUAGCAUUUGCCAGAUUCAUGGGAAUGUAGAGGUGGCAGAACAGGCAGCCCAUUCUAUUCUUUGUUUGGAUCCCCAAGAUUCUGCUGCUUACAUCCUCUUGUCGAAUAUAUAUGCCAAAGCUGGAAUGUGGGAUGAGGUUUCAAAGAUGAGGAGGAUUAUGAAGCAUAGUGGGCUGAAGAAGGAACCUGGUUGUAGUUGGAUUGAGGUAAAAAAUGAGGUCCAUACAUUUCUUGUGGGUGAUAAGUCUCAUCCAAGCUACACAGAGAUAUAUGAACGGUUGGAUGAAUUGAUUGGAGAGAUGAGGUGGGUAGGAUAUAAACCUGAUAUUGAUUUUUUGCCUGGUGAUGAGGAAGAAUAAGAACAAGAGCAAACAGAAUAGCUCUUCUUGUAGCAGAUAUAUGAACGGCUGGACGAAUUGAUUAGAGAGAUGAAGUGGGUAGGAUAUAAACCUGACAUUUAUUUGUUGUCUGGUGAUGAGGAAGAAUAAGAACAAGAGCAACCAAAAUAGCUCUUCUUGUAGCAUAUAUACUUCUUACUGCUUCAUGAGGAAGCAAUCAUCAAGAGAAUUGCAAACUGAGCCAGUUGACCACUGACUAGCAAUGUAAAUAUGCAUAGACAUAGAUAGGGAAUACUUUUAGACUAGGGGCGAUCAUUUUCAGCCUGGGCCCAGGCUUACGUUCCAAGCCCGGAACCAGGGCCAGGCUGGACCCCAGCCCAGGCUAUAGCCCUUGUCACAGGUGCUAAGCCUCGCCCAGGGUCACCCCUAUUUUAGAUCAAACAAGAUCUUCAGGAAAGCUAAAUCACUACUAUUGAAAUUUGUCUAUGUCAAGUAAUAUGUUAUAGGACCUGCUGAUUCUAAUUGCAAAGAGAAUCCAUUACUUGUGGCUGGGKUUCAUUUAA